AGUCAUCUCUUUCUUUCACUCCCUCCAUGCUAACCCAACAACUGAUCCUAUCUCCACCCCCACCCCACCGUAAAUACACAGAAAGAUGGCUCGCGACGAUGCCUCCCCCCAAGCCUACGACCCGCCGGAACCCUCAAGCUCCUCUCCCGCGCCGUCCGCAUCCGCGAUAGCAAAAUACCCGGGGCUCCAAAUCAAGCCGGACCUAAUCACGCACCCGGACCUCUUCACCCUGUACUUUGGCUUUUUCGGGCCGUGGUUCUGGAAACGCAAGUUCACCGCGUCGCUCAGCCAACGCAUCGAGAACGCGCGAGUGCUCGUGCAACGCCCGCCGACACAGGAGGAACUCGACGCCUUCGUCACCCACACCAGCCGCGGCGUGUACCAGCAACGCAUGGGCGCGCCGCUCGGGCUCCUGGGGGGCACGGCACGGCUCCUCGCGCAGGCCCGGAAGUCCGCGCACUUCACCACGUAUAUGCCCCGGGCCGCGGCGGACAAGAAGACGGCGCCCCCGACGCCGGCGAACCUGGUCGACGCCGCGCGGGCCUUUGCGCGCGCGGACCCGACCCUCUUCAAGCAGGCGGCCAAGAUGUCUGCGCUCCGGUUGUUUUUCUGGACGUUGGCCGGCGCCAGUGUGUCCUCGGUUUAUGCGGUUUGGGUCGAUUGGAAUAGCACCUUGACGGACCCCAGAUUGAGGCAGUUUGUUGAGGACGUGAAGCAUCAGAAUCCCGACGACGUGAGGAAGAGGAGGGCCGAGGCUACGGCGGAGAGAGUCAAGGGUAGAUCAAGACAGGGGCAGCAGCAGCAGCAGCAGCAGCAGCCGGAGGAGUUGGGGUUUGAGGAGUUCGAGGCGCGGAGUGGCAUGCAAGGAUUGGAGUCCGGUUCCGAGCCGGUUGUGCAGGAGACGGGACAGGUGCAGGAGCAAAAUAGGUUUGCUCGGGCCGCGCUAUAUAGUCAAUACAGUCAGCGAGACUCGAGACAACCCCAUGAGGAACAGAACAGGGCCGUGGGAUUCUUCGACGACGACGACGACGACGACGACGAUGCCAGUCCCACAGCGCCGGAGUACAGAGAGACCGUGAGAAAGGAGUUUGGUGGCGCUCAGGGCAGCGCGUGGGACCGCAUUCGACAGCAGAAUCAGACUCAGGCGCAGGCUGCUCAACCUGGGAUGUUGAAGCCUUCUCGACCACUCCAGCCGAAAUCUGAUUCAUGGGGUUCGGGUGCUUCUGGGGAUGGCCAGCAGGAGCGCGAGCAAGCCCAGGCAGAGUUUGAUCGACUCGUUGACGCUGAACGGAACCUCCCAGGGGAGUCCACCGAUUCUUUCUAGUCAGCGUGGCGGUUGGGGAAAAAUGGAAUUAGCUACCGCGAGAUGUAAAGUAUUGUACGAUAAUGUGAUUAGCAUAGCAUGCAUGAUAUGGGAGUACUUCAAGUUCUCUCAUUUACGAACACUUCAUUACAUCUGGUUUGGUCUCAACGGAUUCUUCCCCAUCCCUGGCUAAAUAAAUUAUGAUUACCCCAGUUAUAAACCACCGGCAAGAACAAUGACAAUGCAAUCGGGGUAUA